AUGACCGUCAAGUUGGGUCAGUUUCUGGACAUUGUGCGGUUACGAGGUCCCGAUGCCUACAAACUUCUCAUAGAAUGCCUGGAAGCUGAUCACCCGGAAGUAUAUAAGAGCAUCACCGGCAAUGAACCGGAACCGAAAGCAUGGACAAUCGGACUCAGCAAAACCUGCUCGUGCGAAUGCCAUGAAGAUCAUAUCUCACUAGAUCUGAUGAAUGCCUACAAGAAAGAGAAGCAACAGAAUAUUUCCCUGAGGAAGGAGUUGGAGAAGCUGGCCAAGUCCGUCGACAAGGUCCGCGGGGAGAAACUAAAGCUGAAGCAUGAGAAUGAAACCAUGAAGAAGAAACUCGACGUCCUGCAGUCAGAAACACGGGACAGACACAAAUUAGAGGAGGACAUUCAAUGGAAGCGACUUCAGAUUUGUGAUCUUCAAGCCAAAGCUUACGAAACACAGACGCAGUUGAUGGCAGCCAAUGACAAGCUCAGAAAGGUGAAUCUGGAAAAUAAUGCACUAGAGAACAAAUGUCGGGAGGCCAACACCAAGCUGCGUCUUCAACGCAAGAAGUCCACAAGGUUGGAGCAGGAGAGAUCGACAGACAGACUGAAAGAUGGCGACACAUUAAGGGCGCUUGUCGAACAUCUCCAGGAACUUGGCCUCGGUCGUAAAAAGAUAGAGGAUUCUUACGUACCGCCCAUUGAGAACGACUUACAUGAUCAGACAAAACUUGAAAUAAUAAUGGCCGAUAAGCAGGAGGCCGUGACGAAGUGUGAAGAGGUCGUCAAUGAGCUAGUCAAGGUCCGCAAACAACUUUACGAGGUCCAGGAGGCCAAAACUAAGUUCCAGGCAGAGAAUGAAGAGUUGGACACCAUAACAUCCCUCCUGACUGAGGAGCGUGAUAUGGUCAUGGAUCGACUUCAAAUGGCGCAAGAAGAAUUGACGCAAGUCAGCUCAGAGCGGUCACAAGCAAUUUCGGAGCGAAACAGGGCAUUCGAAGAAACAGCUUUGUCCAUGCUGGAGCGUGAUGAUCUUGUCAAGAAACUGAACAACGAGAGGCAAUCGUACCUCAAUCAGACACGCAAACUUUUUGAUCUCAAAAGUAAAGUUCAGCGCCUUAAAAGAGAAAAGAGGUUGCUCCUCCAAGAGCGUUCGCCAUCGUUGAUAUCUUCUGGAAGCAUGGACGGAUCGAAUGACUCGAAGAGAAGUUCAGGUGUUACUGAAGUCAGUUCCAUUGAGGAUGGAAACACGGCGACAUCGUCAAGCGAUACCGCCAAACUGACUACCAUGACAACCGCUACAGAAGGCUCAUCUCCCGCGCCUCUCGAGAGUAAACGUUCAAUUUCCAUCAACGACAGACAGUACAGUGUGGAUUACGACAGUGAUUUGGCGGAUUAUGAAUACCCAGUCGGCCCAAUGAAGCGCAAUCGAUCACUGCCUGUGUCGGAGAUCCCAGAGGCCUUGCGGGGACGGGUGUCGAGCAAUGCAACGUCAAGCGACAGGCAAGCGGCCAGUCGACAUGAGGAAAGAGAUUCGGGCUUCGCGUCCAGUGUCGACAAGUUCAAUGAAUGCACCGAUGGCGUUUUAGACUCACUCCCCUGUGAUGUCGGAGGAGAGAAAGUUGAGACACUGUGGUCAGACUUUGACUACACCCCGACGAAGGAUGGUGUAGAGAGGACGAGUGAUGCAAAACCAGUAGAGAGGAGGCUCAUGAGGAGUGGUACGUCAGUAGACGUUCAUCCGGGUUCUCUAAAGGACAAAAAUCGUGCUCCAGGACCUCGUCUUAGCAGUUUUGAAAUCAGACCAUCGAAUUACAUGUCGGAUGUCAAAAUCGAUCGAAGGAGCAAGACAUUGGGCAGUGACCCGGAUGAUCCCGACCAGGUACUGCUUCCGUCACAUUGAGACAAUGAGGUCGCCUGACCAAAACGAACGAACCAAUCACAACAUAUACAAUCUCAUUUUAGCCCUAAUGGUGAUGAUACACAUUCACAACUACGUGUAUAUAUACAGUUUAUCUCUAAGUCGCAGAAACUAGCCAUUUUACAUUUGGUAUACGAUUACAUUAGGACGCCCAAAGGACGUACGAUUGCAUUGCAUCCUCGUUUGACUUCCAUAUGAUUGCUUACGAUUUCCGUACAGAUUCACGACAGUCUACGAUUUUUUUUUAGCCGAGUUAGAGACGAUUUUUGUAUAAAAAAAGGAUUCGUAAUAUCGUAGCAUUUACACAUUUUAAGGGCAUCGUAUGAUCAACGCAGGGGCAUCGUAUUAUGUACGGACAUCUUACGAUUCGCGCAGGUUAAUCGUUUGUUCAGUGCAGGAGCAUCGUACUAUUACUACGACAUGAGUCUCUUACAAUCUCUUACUGUAUUGCUUAGUAUGUGUCCCUCAACGAUCCCAACGCAUGCAAUCGUACGAAAACCGUAAAUUAUGUAAACCUAAAACUCUUAGUCCGUACCCACCUGAGGUACCCCUUGAAAUUUGUAGAUUUAUCCAUUGCACGAUGCCACAUUAAACAAAUUUUGAACCCUAAAUGAACAUUUGUACCAACCUUUGGGGUGUAAUCUUGCACCCUUAAUGGAAAAAGGUGCAAAACUACACAUUCUUAUUUGUUUUUACACCAGGAAAUGCUCGUUGGCUCCCUAAAAGAUGCAAAUUUGAACGUUUUGAGGUGCAUAAUACUUGACAUUUAAAAAGGUUCAAUUUUGAACCCUUAUUGCAUGGUUUGUUUCUGCACCCUAUAUGGUGCUUAAUAUAGCUAAUUGCACCCUUAAAGUGCACAAAUGAGCAAAAUUGCACUAAUCAGCAACCUUUCGGGUGCUGUUAUUGUACCAACCCUUAGGGUUCAAAUUUGAACCCCUAUUUCUUAGUGUGAUAUGAUCGUAGCAAAAAAAAUGUAAACUACGCAUUAGCUCAAAUUAUGCGAGGUGAUAAAGAUUUCUACAAUUCAGUCUUGCACAUAAUUGCUUACAUUGUUAUAGUAAUCUUUUACACUGUAUAAAAUGGUGGGCUUUAUGUUAUUGAUUGUGUUUAAUAUAUGUACGUCCUAAUAUAAUUAUGCUCAUCAUUACUUUUCCCCAUGUCUUCAACCCCUCCUUAGUACACCAGGUAAGAAGUAUUGAAUGAAAUGAAAUUACUUUUAUUCAUUGUCAUGCAGAGUGUAGGGGUUUUUCUCUACGAAGAAAACCCCAAUUUGGUUGUUAAAGUCCUCUCAUUCGUAUAAUCUAAUUCCUAAUCAAUGUUUUAUUAUUUAAAGGGGAAUCCGACCUUGGCCAUAAAUAUUGUGUGUGAAAGAGGAGAAAAAUUAUAAAAACAGAAUUGUGAAAGCUUGAAAGAAAUCGAACAAGCAUUAAGAAAGUUGGGGCUGUUUUAAAAUUGAGAAUCCUAAGACUAUGUAAAUUGCGAAUUGGCAACUGGGUAAGUGAAUUAUGACUAGUCAUGCUAGCGGUAGGGACAACUUUCCCCAUAGGUCAUGUACUUAAUUGUCAGGGAUUUGUGGUUUUCUCCUACCCUUGGGCGCAGUGAUCACAAUGUAACACUAGCAGCAUACUGUUUUAUGUCUCCGUAAAAGAAAAAGAAAAUUUGAAGUAAAACUAUAGAAAAACUAACAUUUUAACCAACGUAUGUAUUGGAGUAAAUGGAAGAGCAGUCCUUACCUCACAUCAUUAUGACAUCACCAAUGACACCGAUUUGAAGUCCCCAUACAUGCCAUAAUACUUAUUACCAAUUUUUACAACUUUUAAAAAUUGUACCUGUCUUAUUGUCUGUCCGAUAUCGUUCAACUUUUAUCUAUCUACUUAUCUGAUUUUUCUUAUUUAUCUAAAAGCAACUUUUACUUCGGGUUGGAUUCCCCAUUAUGGAUCCAUCAAAGUUAUCACAGCCCUUUUUCAAGUGAACUUAAUAAUAUAGAAAGUGUUGAAGUUCAUAUUACGAGAAUGUACAAUCAUGCAUUGUUUUGUAAUUUGAUUCGUCGAAACGAUUCUGAAUCAGGGCUGAAAAUAUUCAAAACCCAACCGUUAUGGGUAUGCCAAUUUUUAAUGUACAGCCCCCGUAGAUUUGUUAAUGAAAUAAUUGAGAACAAAACAUAGUUUGGUGGUUGACUCGAUUUUCUGUAAAUAAACAGUUUGUACCGUUUUAAUAUAAUAACUACAUUUAUAACAUGCUUUCCUCAAUUUAAUUAUCAUGCGGUUUAGUAACAUUUAAAUCAUAAGGGCUGCCACGCUUUCGAGCUUUGCUUCUGUAACUACCCUUGCAGCCAUCUUACUUAUUGUGUAACAGAACAUACCACUUAAAUUGUUUAUUUAUGUAUGAUACAUUUGAUGAUUUAUAAGCAAAAUCAUUUCAUCAUUAUCUUGAUGUCAAAUUUUAGAUAUGUAUUUACAUGUCAGGAUUUUGUUUUUGAAAAGAUGUUUCAAAAUCCAAUAAAUGAAAUGAUAUGAAAUAAUCCUAUCGUGUUAUGUAAAUUGAUAUAGUAUAUAUCUAGCAUAUUCAUAAACAUGUUCAUAUUUGUAUAUAUGUUUUUAAUUAAUAAUGAUUUUCAAAGCAUUAUUUUCAUGUACAUUUAUAUUUGAGAGUGGACUCCAUAUAUACGAUGUAAGUUUAAGACAUUAACUGUCUGUAUUGUGUAUGUUUGUACUCAAAUUAUUUUGCAAUAAACAUAUUGGAAUUGUCUAUUUUUUCAGUCUAGGCUGUCUUAUUUCCCUACCACAACAUUCUGCAGGUCAGUUUGAAGCCCAAACCUAUGUAACACUUCUGACAGUUUGCAAUUUCCUGAAUCUUAUUUAAAGUAUACUUAUCUUAGAAUCAUUCUUGGAUUUCAUGCACAUUGUCACAAUUUUUUGCCAGAACAUGAGCAGAAAAAAUUAAAGGGGGAUAACCUGUAUGUCAAAAAUAUUCUUAUCUUAGAAUCAUUCUUGGAUUUCAUGCACAUUGUCACAAUUUUUGUCAUGAAAUGAGAAAAUAAAAUGUGAGGGUGAUAGACCUA